AUGCGCAUGGUCCGAAGCAACUCCAGCUCUAAGUUACUAGAAGUACGAGAAGAAGCUCUGCACUGGGCGGAGGAGGAUGAAAAGCUGCGUCGUACAAAAAGAAAUGUAUCAAGUGAAGCAGUGUCAAUCACACAGCCAAACAAAGAGAUGGAUAAAGUAUUGCAAGCCCUCGAAGAGCAGCGUAUGUCGAUUGAUAAUUUGUUCCAAACUCUUAUUUCCCUUUCCAGAUCCAACAAUAAUAUUCCGCGGAAUCAGGGAGGAAGAGGAGGCCGAAACCCCUCCCCCCGCGCCUUUGGCGAAAGAAAGAACAGAAUUUGUUAAGUGCCAAGGAGUUGGACACAUUGCAAGAGAUUGUGUGAAUAAUACAAUGCCUGAAUGACGCCCUUUCCCCAUCCAAUGGCCCAUCACGCAAUACUGCCUUUCCCCCGUCGUAUAUCCCUUGUUAAGAUACAUCAGCGCCAAACGGUCCCCCUCCACAGUCGCGAGUCGGGCAGUAGGAGGGGGAAGCGCAGACCCUCAGAGCAAACUGGGAAGAAUAAUUGGCAAGUGUCUUGUUGCUGUUGUGAACAUUGGAGGCGUGUCUUUAUCAUUUUUACUUCAUUUAGGCUCUGAGGUCUGUACUAUUACAGAAGAAUUCUUUAAUACUCAUUUUAAACCAAAGGGACAGAACUACUUUCAACCAGUGGGUGGUUAAAACUGACAGCAGCAAAUGGGUUAGAAAUACUCUAUCUUGGAUAUUUCGAACUUGACAUUGAAAUUUUUGACUUAAAGGUGUGCAGACGAGAAAUACUGGUCGCAAAGAAUUCUGCCAUUAAUGCUAUAAGACCACGGAAGAGAGAGGUACCAGGUCUCUUAGGAAUGAAUGUACUAUGUGAAAUGGGACAAGUGUUAGGCAAGUUCGAGGGAACGGAAUUUUUAAGUAAAAUUGAUCAUGUAUGGUCACAGCCAAUCCAGGCUGCUAAACGUCGUGCGAAUACAUCAGUACGAGGUAUCGUUCGAGUUGCAGGAAAGUUGGCAGUAUGGACCCCAGCUAAUGCAGUGACAACAAUACCUGCCACUGGUUGGGGUGGUCAAGUGAAGUGCGAGAUGCAAUGGUGGAACCAGUUGUUGGACAACAGUUGUCGCACCUAG